AAAAUCCAUUUACAUCUGUGUUAGUAGUUAUUUACUUUAUAUUAGUAUAGUAUAGUUAUCGUAGUUAGUUUAUCUCGUUUUCGGUCUUCCGGUAAUAGACACAAGCUGAAUACGAAGGCAAGACUGAAACGACGUCUGAGCGUGAGACCGCCGAAACGGUUCUUGUUGACCGCAAAUGCCAUUCGAGGUAAAAAGAGAUUAGAAAUAAUUAUUGAGUAGUGUGUGCGUGCUCCGAGGUUUAUUAUGAGCAAGUUGUACGUCGGAAACCUGUCCAACGAGACGACUGAGGAUGACCUGAGGCGCCUCUUCCUCGAGAACGCUGUCACCUGCACCAACGUCCUUCUGAAACGUGGCGGCUAUGCAUUCGUCGACUGUACAGAGCAGUCGCUCGCUGACAGGGCCAUCGACAAGCUCAACGGGACGACUUUCCUCGGCGUCCAGAUCGUCGUCGAGCCAUCUGUCGCCGCCGUACAGAAAAGAAGGCCAAUCAGGCUUCCGACAGAAGUCGGCGCUGGCGAACCGAUGACAACGACAAAUUUCAUUGGUGGAGGCGUCACGAAGUUGAUUAUCUCAAAUUUGCCAUCUCACUUGUCCAAUGCGGAAUUAGAUGCGAUUAUUAACCGAUUCCCAAACCAGGGCUGGGAGAGGGACGCCCGUUCGCAAUCUAUAGUCGUUACCUUCGAGAAUCAUGAACAAGCCGAACGGGCUUAUAACGAUCUCAUCCAGACAGAAUACGAAGGCAAUUACCCGAAGAUGGAGCUGCGCGGGCCAGGCGGAGCCGGCGGAGAAGACAAGAGGCGAGGGAGGCCGAGGACGGUCGGCUACCCGCUGGGCGGGAGCACGCCGGGCGCCAGGCAGACCGACUUCCCCCUCCGCAUACUCGUCCAGUCAGACAUGGUCGGUGCCAUAAUUGGCCGGCUUGGUUCGACCAUAAGGCAGAUAACUCAGCAGACUCGUGCCAGGGUUGACGUUCAUCGCAAAGAAAACGUCGGGUCGCUCGAAAAGGCUAUCACUAUAUUCGGCAAUCCGGAGAACUGCACUAACGCUUGCAAACGCAUAUUGGAAGUGAUGAAGCAAGAAGCGACAUCAAACAACAAAGGAGAGAUAACAUUAAAGGUGCUAGCUCAUAACAAUUUAAUCGGACGUAUAAUUGGAAAAUGUGGCAACACAAUCAGAAGAAUUAUGCAAGAAACCGACACAAAAAUCACUGUUUCAAGCAUCAAUGACAUAAAUAGUUAUAACCUGGAAAGAAUCAUCACGGUCAAGGGAUCGAUAGACAACAUGUCUAAGGCGGAGUCUAUGAUCAGCGCCAAGCUGAGACAGAGCUACGAGAACGACCUCCAAGCGAUUGCGCCACAGACAAUGAUGUUUCCUGGGCUCCAUCCAAUGGCGAUGAUGUCAACUUCAAAUAUGGGCUAUGGUGGACGUGGAGGUGGUUACCAGGGCGGCCUCUACUCUAGCAACUACCCUCCAGUUUACCAACACAUUCCACCCAUAUCGCACGCUCCUGAUGCCCAGGUAAAGGAAACAACUUAUCUGUACAUCCCGAACAACGCUGUCGGUGCCAUGAUUGGCACGAAAGGGUCAAACGUACGCAAUAUGAUCCGCUUUUCUGGCGCUUCGGUCAAGAUUGCAGCGCUCGAGAGCGAGAAGCUCGAAAGGGGCGACAACCAGCAGUCUGAUAGGCGUGUCACGAUCGUCGGCUCGCCCGAGGCACAAUGGAAAGCCCAGUACCUCAUCUUCGAGAAGAUGCGCGAGGAGGGUUUCGCCACCGGCUCCGAUGACAUACGUCUCACCGUCGAGAUCAUGGUCCCAUCGUUGCAGGUCGGACGCAUUAUCGGCAAAGGGGGCCAGAAUGUCAGGGAGCUACAGCGCAUGACCGGCAGCAUCAUCAAACUGCCCGAACAGGGAGCCGGCGGACCCCAGGAGGACGAGACGACUGUCCAUAUCAUCGGCACGUUCUUUUCUGUCCAAUCAGCGCAGAGGAGAAUAAGAGCAAUGGUGAGCUCAGGAACUGGUAGCGGUGAACCUCGCACCCGUGGCUCACAACAGGGUCAGCAAGGCCAGCAACAACAACCACAAACACAACAACAACAGCAGCAGCAGCAGCAACAACAGCAACAGCCUCAGCAACAAUGAUCGGACUACUAAACAAGUUAGAUGAAAAAAAAAAGCCCUCCUCAGAUUUAUGACUUUUAAUACUUGACUGACCGACAGACUAUUAUUUUAAAAAAGUAUAUAUAUAAAUUAUAUAUUGACA